AUGCCAGCACCAGCAUCAUCGUCGUCGUCAUCUUCAGCUUCAAUUUUCUAUGAGGCUGCCAAAGAGACAUUGGUUGAAUAUUUCCAAAAAACAAGCCUCAACGGUUUUGGCCUUUUGUAUUAUAUACGACGGCGAAAGUAUCAAAGGCUCUUCUGGUUCAUGUUCAUUGUACUGGGUGUGGCCUUCGCCAUCUAUGUCUGCAUCUCCACAAUGUCUUCUUUCCUGGCUGAGCCCACUAUAACCACACUGGAUCCGCAAGAACAUACCAUAUGGAAUGUACCCUUUCCCUCGAUUGCCGUUUGUAGUCACAAUAAGUUGAGUCGAACUGCCAUGCAAGCAUUGGCCAGAAAUUUGUCCCGCGAUUCAUUCGAUUUGAAUUUCUAUGAUUAUUGGUUGGAGAAAUUGAAGCUGUUUGCAGGUUUCUUCAAUACAGACUCAAUAGAUUUUGAUGAAGCACAAAAUUUACAAGAUAUUUUGGAACGUCAGGGCGGUAAACCCUUUAAUACGGCAAAGUUUUUGAGAGGUUUGGCUCCGCAGUGCAAAGAUUUGUUGUUGGCAUGUUAUUGGGCUGGUGAGGCCAUUAAUUGUGAGGAGGAGCUAAAAUUGGUGGGCUUUACAAGGGGUUAUUGCUGUGUGUUUAAUUAUCAAUAUGAGAGAACCGAACAGAAUUAUUAUUAUGCCCGACGUGCUGGUAGUGAUAUGGGCCUGGUGCUGCUCCUCAACUCCACGACAAAAGACUAUUUUUAUGCCGAGGAUAGUUUGACGGGAUUUACAAUACAAAUAUUUGGUAAACAACAAAAUGCCGAUAGCUCCACAGGACACAUGGGCCUUGUCCAGGUGGAUGCUGGUGAUGAUAUAGAUAUCCGAUUGAAAUUAGUAUCACAAAUUACAACAAAUGCAGUGAGACAUCAUCCUGUGGCGAAACGGGGCUGCUACUUCCCCAAUGAGGAUAAAAUGGGUGGCUAUGGACAGGCUGGUUGUUUGAUGAAAUGUAAAAUUCGUAGCAUAGAAUCAUUGUGUAAUUGUAUGCCCUUCUUUGCCUUUGGGGAUAAGGUGGAGAUGGACAAUGAUAGAGAACCGCUGGUACAGUGUUCAUUGGCCCACACCGAAUGUUUGAAAAGAUAUCGAAUUACCUGGCAGACCUACAAACCCCCCUUGGAGUAUAUGAAUCUACACAUGCAAGCCGAACUUUUGGAUGCAUUAAGCUGUCCCGAAUGCCUGCCUUUGUGCACCUUUCAUCGUUAUAAUUUUUACAAGGCCAAGAGUAGCCUCAAGGAUAAUCCUCACUCUCCGGAUAAUUUUAAAUAUUUGAAAUCUUUACCAAAAGACGCGCAGGAUAUUAGUUUGAUAAAAAUAUACUAUCCCACGGAAUAUGGUACGCAAUAUCAAAAGAAUGUUUUGUAUAAUUGGUAUCAGAUGUUGUCAAACAUAGGUGGAGUCAUAGGGAUCUGUAUGGGCUGCUCAUUGAUCAGCGGUAUUGAAAUUAUUUAUUUUGUCUUUAUACGUCUGGUGGAAAAUUUUUUGAAACGUCGUCAAAAUGGAAAUUGA